AUGGCGGCAUCAUUCUCCUCCUACUCAUCUUCCACGGUGGAAGAUCCACCACCGCAACAUCAAGUGUUCAUCAAUUUUCGUGGGGCGGACUUACGCACUGGAUUCGUCAGCCAUCUCGUCACAGCCUUGGAAAAUCACAACAUUAACGUGUUCAUCGACAACUACGAAGACAAAGGCGAGCCUCUAACUUCUCUUUUGAAGAGAAUAGGGGAGUCGAGAAUCGCUCUGGCUAUCUUCUCCGGGAGGUACACCGAGUCGAUUUGGUGCUUGAAAGAGCUGACCAAGAUCAAGGAGUGUGUGGAGGGAGGCAAACUCGUGGCUAUUCCCAUCUUCUACAAACUGGCCGCAUCCACCGUGAAAGGCGUCAGGGGAGAGUUCGGUGAUGCAUUCAGGGAUCUCGCGAGGGGUAAUGAGAGUAAGAAGAAGUGGAAAGAAGCUUUAAAGGCGAUUCCAGAGUUGAUGGGCAUCACUGUGGACGAUAAAAGCGUCGAGAGCGAAAAACUCAACGAAAUUGUCAAGGCGGUUAAGAAAGUGCUGAUCAAAGUUCCACCGGAGGGAAGCCAAAAUGCCUCUGUGGAUCCUUCAGAUGACAGCGACACUGGAACUUCUUCAAGAGGCGAAAAGCUUAAGACUUUUGGAAUGAAACAACGCUUGAAGGAGUUGGAAGAGAAGCUGGACCAAAAGAAAUACAAGGGAACUCGUAUCGUUGGAGUUGUUGGCAUGCCUGGAAUUGGCAAAACAACACUGCUCAAAGAGCUUUUUGAAAGUUGGCGCCCCAAGUUUACGAAGAAAGCGUUGAUCGACCAAGUCCGUGAAAAGUCAAUCUUUGGGUUACAUUGCUUGCCUGCAUCGCUCUUAGAAAAGCUAGUACCGGACUUGAAGAAUCCCCAAAUAGAUGAUCUCGAAGAGCCAUACAAAACUCACAAGGGUCUAAUAGACAAACGCAAAGUUCUUGUCCUUCUUGAUGAUGUUAGUUCAAGGGAACAAAUAUAUGCUCUUCUUGGGAGGUAUGAUAUUCUCAAGACACCAGAGUGGAUUGCAGAUGGAAGCAGGAUUGUCAUUGCAACAAACGACAUGUCCUUGUUAAAGGGUUUGGUUCAUGACACCUAUGUGGUCCGGCAACUGAACUACAGAGACGGCUUACAACUCUUUUGCUAUCAUGCCUUUGAAGGUGAUCAAGCCGUUCCUCCUAAGGUAGAUUUCUUGAAGCUGUCGGAUGAGUUUGUGCAUUAUGCCAGAGGCCAUCCACUGGCUCUCAAAAUAUUGGGUAAGGAGCUUUUUGAGAAAAGCAUGCCGCAUUGGAAAUCAAAACUGAAAAUACUCGCUCAAAAACCCAUAACUUAUAUUGGAGACGUCGUGCAAGUAAGUUAUGAUGAAUUGACUCCAGAGCACAAAGAUGCAUUUCUCGACAUAGCUUGUUUCAGAUCCGAGGAUGUGGAUUAUGUAGAAAGUUUGUUGGCUGAAACAACGAGUGCAGUAAAAGCACUCACUAACAAGUUCUUGAUUAAUACUUGUGACGGCCGAGUGGAGAUGCAUGAUCUACUCUAUACAUUUUCUAGGGAACUUGAUCCUAAAACACCUACUCGUGUUGGUAGCGGACAUCGGAGGCUGUGGCUCCAUCAAGACAUAAUCAAGGAAGGCGUAGUUAAUGUCCUGCAGAAAACAGUGAUAGCUUCCAAUGUCAGAGGUAUUUUCCUAGAUUUGUCUGAAGUGAAUGGCGAAACGAGCUUAGACAGUGACCACUUCAGAAAUAUGCGGAAUCUCAGGUAUCUCAAGUUCUACAAUUCUCAUUGUCCUCAGGAAUGUAAAACCAACAAUAAGAUCAACAUUCCUGAUGGACUUAAGCUACCAUUGAAAGAGGUCCGAUGUCUCCACUGGUUGAAAUUCCCACUAGAGGAACUUCCAAACGAUUUUAUUCCGAAUAACCUCGCAGACCUUAAGCUACCCUACAGCGAGAUUGAACGACUUUGGGAUGGUGUUAAGGAUACACCUGUCCUAAAAUGGCUCGAUCUCAGUCACUCAAGUAAGUUGAGCACCUUGUCAGGACUAUCAAAGGCUCCAAAGCUUCAAAGCCUUAACCUUGAAGGGUGCACGAGUCUCGAAUCUCUUCCAGAUGUAAAUUUGACAUCUCUGAAAACUCUCACCCUCAGCAACUGCUCAAACUUCAAGGAAUUUCCAUCGGUUCCAGAAAAUAUAGAAGCGUUAUUCUUGGACGGAACAGCAAUAAGUCAACUUCCUGAUAACAUGGUGAAACUCGAGAGACUUGUCUUAUUGAAUAUGAAGGACUGCAAAAUGCUGGAGAAUAUCUCAACCUCUGUUGGUGAGCUAAAAUCUCUUAAAAAACUGGUUCUCUCCGGUUGUUUGAAGCUCAAAGAAUUUCCAGAUACCAACAAAAGCUCUUUAUGCAUUUUACUUCUGGAUGGGACAUCCAUAAGCACGAUGCCUCAUAUACCUUCAGUGCAGUAUUUAUGCUUAAGCAGAAAUGGUCAGAUUCGCUGCCUUCCAGCUAGCAUCAGUCGACUUUCUCAAUUAACAUGGCUGGAUUUGAAGUAUUGCACGAGUCUUACAGCUGUUCCAGAGCUGCCACCAAAUCUUCAGUACUUUGAUGUACACGGUUGUAGCUCACUGAAGACAGUUGCAAAACCGCUGGCUCGUAUCAUGCCGACCGUGCAGAGCCAUUGCACUUUCAACUUCACCAACUGUGGUAACCUGGAGGAAGCUGCAAAGGAGGAAAUCACAUCGUAUGCUCAAAGGAAAUGCCAGUUACCAUCAGAUGCUCGUAAACACUACAAUAGGGGUCUUGUUUCAGAGGCUUUGUUCAGCACUUGCUUUCCUGGAUGUGAGGUGCCUUCCUGGUGUUUUCAUGAAGCAACUGGAUCUCUGUUGCAACGCAAACUCCUCCCACAUUGGCAUGACAAGAGGCUUUCUGGAAUAGCUCUGUGUGCUGUAGUCUCAUUUCCUGACGACCAAGAUCAAAUCAGCUGCUUCUCAGUGACAUGUACCUUCAAAGUGCAAGUUGAAGACAAGUCGUGGAUCCCCUUUACUUGCCCAGUAGGAAGUUGGAAUAGAGAGGGAGAGGAGAAAGACAAGAUUGACUCAGAUCAUGUUUUUAUAGCCUACAUCAGUUGCCCACGUACUAUAAGGUCUCUCAAAGACAAAAACUCUGAUAAAUGCGAUUUUACUGAAGCCUCCCUUGAGUUUACUGUGACAGGUGGAAGAAGUGAGAUGGAAAAAGUCGAGGUGUUGAGGUGUGGUUUGAGUUUGGUGUAUGCAAAAGAUAAAAACAAAAACAGUUUUCAGGAGGCAAAAUAUGAUUUGCCUGUUGAAGGGAGCUUUCAAGAAUCUCAACAAGGGAUGAUGGAGGAGCAAAGCAAAAUAAAGAUAGAAGAAAAGAUGACGGCCGCCCAAAGAAGAAGCGAGAAACCAGGAGGGCUGUUAAUAUCUAGUGUCACUCAAGCUUGUGGGCCGAGUGCAACUCCAAGAAUGGAAGAUAAACUGAGUGGUCAGGCAAAUGGUUGUAGAUCUCCAAGGAGGGAUGAAUGUGAAUCAGGUGAACCAUAUUCUUACACAGAAAUUCAAUUAGUACUAAAGACGACUGUGCACAAGUAA